AUGAUUUGCACUAUCAAUAUCAAGAUACUGUUGGUUUUUGUGUUAAUCAACGAUGUAGCACCCCAGUUUGGAUCUCUAAUGAUCCCUCCAUACGGAAUGUAUCCUUAUGCUGGAAUGGGAAUGCCACUGAUUAAUCCUCUUGGAAUGCCUAUGCUAGGAGCUGGAGGAAUUGAUCCGAUAACUGGUGCGAUAUCGGGAGCGCUAAUGGGUGCGGCUGCAGGAUUGGCCGGCCUGAUCGACGGUUCUGUUGCGUUUCUUUCUCUUGCACCGUACACACACAGCUUGGAAAAUGUUGGUAGGAGAGUAGUGUCAACUUCGUUGGAGAAAUCUUCAAAUCAAGGCAGGUUCAACACGGAUUCAAAGUUAUGCAACAACAUGGAAAUUGAAGCGUCAACGUCUAAGGACUACGCCUAUUUCUUUGGAUAUGGCUCGCUGAUUUGGAAUCCAGGUUUCACGUAUCAUCACAAGGAAAAAGGUUACGCCAACGGUUUCGCACGGCGAAUGUAUCAGGGGAAUACGUACCAUCGUGGAAAUACGCAACAGCCUGGCCGCGUAGCAACACUUGUAGAAGAUGAGGAUUCCUUCACGACUGGUGUUGUUUUCGAAGUGAGAGGCAAAGAGAGUAUCCGACAGGCAUUUGUCCAUUUAUGGGAGAGAGAGAUUAAUAACGGGUACAAUUUCGUGGAAAUUACUGUCGAAUUAGCCGAUUCUGGAGAUGUCAUCAACGCUUGGACAUGCAUAGCCGGCUUAGAUAAUGAAUUCUAUCUAGGAGAUGCGGAUUUAGAACAAAUGGCCGGUGAGAUCCGACGUGCUAAGGGCUGCGCAGGGCCCAACUUUGAGUAUGUCCUGAAACUCGCUGAACACGUACGUCUACUGUUCCCAGAAGAUCGAGAUGAGCAUCUGUUUGAGCUUGAAAAUAGAAUUCGUCGGCUGGUGACUGUAUAUGCAUAG